AUGAGAGUCCACCCAAUUCUUAACAACAACGCCUUGAUCCACCAUCACCAUCGUAACCCGACCCGAGAACCCGGAAAGAAUCUCCGUCGUCUACCGCACAUCUUCAACCGCGUCCUUGAGCUGCCAUUGAGGUCGGAAGCCGACGUGGCGGUGGAAGAGAAAUCCGACUGUUUCAGAUUCACGGCGGAGACGGACGGACUCUGCGACGACGGAGAAAUGAGGGCUUACAUGGUGGAGAUCCAUCCGGGUAUAACCAAAAUCGUUGUGAGGACAAACGGGUCGUCUUUGGGUUUGUCGUUGGACGAGUUAGAGCUCGACGUGUGGCGUUUUAGGUUGCCGGAAUCUACUCGGCCUGAGCUUGUUACUGUGGAUUGCGUUGAAGGAGCUUUGAUUGUGAUGGUGCCUAAGAUUGCAGAGGAAGAAGGUGGAGACUUUGGACAAGGUAUGGGUAGUGGGAGGCUAGUUCUUGUUCAGUAG